AUGGCAGCCAGUAGAAGUGAUGAACCGUUUGACCCCUUCAAGGAGUUUGGUGGCUCCCCUGCACCGGUUGCCGCACCUCCAACAGCUGCAACGCCUUUCCAACCUCCAAUGGCUCAACCAACGACUGCGUCAUACGGGCAAACGCCUCAACCGUACGCUCCAAUGAGUCAACCAACAGCUGCAACGCCUUUCCAACCUCCAAUGGCUCAACCAACAGCUGCGUCAUACGGGCAGCCGCCUCAACCGUACGCUCCAAUGAGUCAACCGUCACCUCAGCCAUACGCUCAACCAAAUCAACCGUUUGCGGGUGUCACUGGCACAUAUGGAGGACAACCAUCAGGACCUCAGAUGUCUCCGUCACCCACAGGAAUGGUUCCUCCUGCCGGUGUGCCUGGUGGAACUUACGGAAGCCAAUCACCACCUCCUCCCCUUCAACAGCAACAAGGGGGCGAAAUCUUUGCACAACCGUCGAUGAAGAUUUGGACCAUCGAAUUCUAUCAGCAGUUUUUUGAUGUAACCACUGAAGUUGUGCUCAACCGCAUGAGGGAUUCACUUAUCCCCACCAUGACACCCGAUUAUAUGAAGAAUCACACAUGGGUAGCAGGUACCGGAUCACUUGCUGAUGUGGCGACCGACGGUCAGGAUACCGCAAACACCGUUAAACCUGACCUCUACGGUCCAUUUUGGAUUUGUACCACAUUGUGGAUGUUGCUCGGUAUUGUGAGCAACAUCAUGAGCCGCAUUGAAUAUGGUAGGAAUCCCAACCAUGACAAGAAGUGGACAUAUGAUUUCACUAUGGCAUCCAUAGCGAGUCUUGUUAUUUACCUCUACUGCUUUGGCUUCAGCUGUAUUCUGUGGGGUGUGAUGAGGUUUAAAAGUCUACCCUUGUCACUAACAGACACACUAUGUCUCUACGGUUACAGCAUGUUUGUUUUUAUUCCUAUUACAAUCCUAUGUGCUAUUCCUAUAUCAUUUGUUCAGUGGUUUCUUGUACUGAUGGGCGGUGGUCUUUCAACUGCGUACCUGCUCACGAAUUUCGGAAAGCUGUGGAAAGCAAUGCUACCCGCACAGUGGCAUCUUGGGUUGUCGGGGCUGGUUGCUGUGCUUCAUCUCCUUAUUACAUUGUCGUUCAAGUUUUACUUCCUUAACUACAGCUUUUAG